AUGUCCGAGAGAAAGAACGCCGAGGCUGGCCCUGCGCGACACACUCAUUCCGUCCCUGUAGCUUCGUUCCCUACGCACAACUCGCCGCGAACAUGGUUCCUAACCUCGGCCCUGACCCCGCUGGCCAUUAGGUUGAUUCGCAAGCUGCUCGACCAUGGCGACAACGUUGUGGCCAUCCUGCCGCCACACGAGCUCGAGCACGAAGAUCGCAAUGCCGAGUUCCGGGAGCUUAUCAGCGAAUGCAAGAGCAACCGCAAAGACCGCGAGGGCUGGUUAGGGCGCAUUCGGCCGAUCCCUGUUGUCGGGACCGUUGAGGAGCUCUCCACCACUCCCGCAACGCAGAAUCUGGUGCGCGACCAAUUUGAGUCCAUCUUUUUCUCGCAGGUCAACUUCAUAAAAGCCGCGCUCCCACUCCUUCGAGCGCAGCACACCGGCCAUGUCCUGAUUCUCACGAGCAUCGGUGGCCACAUUGGGACACCGGGGAUGGGUAUUUACACGGCCGCGACCUGGGCCCUCGAGGGAUUUUGCGACUCCCUGGCGUACGAGAUCGCCCCCUUCAACAUCAAAGUUACAAUCGUGCAGCCGCACAAGGAGAUACAGUCACUGACGAACAAGAUCGUUUUCUCACCGCAGCUGCCUCACUACGACAGUGACAACAAUCCCGCACCCAGCGUGCGGGAUAUUCUGACAAAUGUCCUGAACUUGAAUCCGGAAACGGCCGUGGAGGCGUCCGAAGACGAGAUCAUUCACCGCUACCCCAAACUACCGGCGUCAGCUAUCGACAAACUGGUACAGGAAACGGUAAAUGCCUUGACUGCCAUCGGCGGCAACGAAAACCCACCUGCGCGGCACAUCGUGGGGUUUGAGGGAGCAGAAGCAGUAAAGGAAAAGCUGAAGACAGUCACGGAGGAAUUAGAGGACUUCGUAGAAGCGAGCCUCGCCGUCGAUAUCUUCGAGAGUGAGCUCAAGGCAGAGGCGAGGCAGGGUAAGACUCACUGUCCCAUUGGCCCAGCCUGGAAGGCGGCGCACGAGGCUUCAUGGAGCGUCUCCUUGUCACAAUCCGAGUACUGUCAAUUGAUGCUGCGUGUCAUAUGCGCCGAGUGUCAGAGAGAGUGCAACCCCGGCCAAAAAUUUGGCAAUACUCAGCCUACCAAGAACAGCUCUCGCCCGGUGCUUAGACAGAGCACCCGCGACCUGGCCGUCUGCCACUUGACCGCUUGUUUCGUGCUAUACUCUCUGCUACCCAUCGCUCCGGCGAGGGUGCGAGCCUUGGUGAUACCCGUUGGCCAGAUCAAGAGGGAAAGGUUCUCCUCCUUCAUCGAACGGUUGAACCAGGAGCAUGUCGUUCACCUCCGCGACAUCAGCGCCGACGGGCGCCCGAAUCGAAACAUGUUUUCGCCCCUAGCCUUCCCCGACGGUGCCAUAUUCUACGACCUCAUAACACACGUGCCGCCACCCUCGCACCUCGCCCUCUCGCCGUUCGACCUCUAUCGAGAACCACUCGCCGUUAUUGCCAUCGCUGAUGGUGCCGAACUCGAAAAGGCCGCCUUUAGCAAGAGGCAAUCCGCCAAUGCGCCGACCUUGACUGAAAGAAAUAUACGGACGCUCUAUCAAGAGCUGGAAGAGCUCAGGGACUCCCACGCGAAAGCGCUCACACACCAGGUUUUGAUUUUCGACUACACGCAACCAGGGGAACAUGCCAUCCCUAUACCGGAAGGGGUCAAGACCAUACCGCCAGUGGCGCAAUCUAUAAGGACGACCAUGAAAACCGUCAUGUGUGACAUCUCAUCCCUGUUAUUGGCAGAGAUGACGACGCUGGCAAAGUCAUACGAGGCCAUGACAGUGAUCGACUCCCCUGGGCAUACUUCAAGGCCACAGAUGAACGGCUCGUCAUACACCGUUGAGGAUACGAAUCACACGCGUCGGAAUUCACAAUUCGCAGUUCCUACCGUGACAAGGUCGGUAUCGUCUAGCGGUGCAGUGGAUAAGGCCCAGGCCCGCAUGUCUAUGCCAGUAUUCAAGGGUUUGCCCUUCGGCUCGAGCAGUUCGACUCCAACCAACCGCCCAACGACCCCGGUGCGGAGCGGCUUGUCCCAUCCUCCUACCACUUUCGACGAAAUGACAAAUGGCAGUAACCCAGAUGUCUCCAGCCCGGAACAGCAGUCCCCGUCAAGACCUGGGACCGCGGAGGGCUCCAAGUCCUCAUCUCAGGACAAAGUCGCUGUGCAAGGCUUUGGGCCCGGAGGUUUGAACGAAAGGUGGCGCAAUAAAGGAAAAGGUCGCGUUACAGUUCUGGUAGGAUCCUUAUACUUGCAAGCUGGCCGUUGGAUCGACGCUCUGAGAGAAUUGAGUGAAGGUGCUACAAUCGCCAAGUCUAUCAAUGAUCACUUAUGGCACGGGAAGGCGCUUGACCUAAUCACAACCUGUCUUUUCCUGCUCGGGUGGGCGGGUGUCGAGUUUCAGGUACCGACGAUAUGCCUGUCACCUGAGAAGCCCAACAAAGCGCCAGAGGUGGAGGAGGUCCUUUCGGAGCAGCCCAGACAUCUGCGCAAUCUACAAGCCAUCCUUCCGGAGCUGCUCGAAAGAAUCGUUGCCCUCUAUUCACGUAUUUCUGGCGAGCAACUGCCACCACUCCCCAUGUCAGAGACGGUGAUUCGGUUCUGCAGCACCAUGACCGCCUUGCACAUAUGCGACGGCAGAUUGGAUAAGAAGUUUCUGGAUAUAGUGGUCUCUGGGAAAUCUCCCGAGACACCUUUGACUACUUCUCCUCGGUUGGGCAUCACACCAAGUCGAACCCAGAUCGCCGGUCUCCUAUUUAGAGCAUUCCCCUCUUCUGCUCCUGAGGUAAUCACUACAGUGGAUCGGGCACUUGUUCUUAGCGGGAUUGCGUCAGUCAUGGGAACCCUGGGGUAUCACAGGAAGAAGGCUAUGGUUGUGCGAGAGCUAGUAGGUGUCCUUAUUGGUGGCCUGAUUGAAGCUCGUACACGUGGGGCCGCAGAAGUCGGCAUUCAUCCAGCAGCUGGCUUGGUGGCUUUGGAUGCGGUCAAUGGCCGUAGCAAUGGUGCCGGGGCUCUUGAGCUCGGCGAGGGAGACAUAGAACACGGCAUCCAUGCCUUCUUGGGGAUUCUAUGCAAGACAUACGGUGUCGUUGGCUUCAACGGCACCCUCAAGUCGAAUUUCAAGCCGCCGGCCGGUGACAGUGACAGCGAGGUCAUUGCGAGAAUUCAGAACCAGUCCAUGGCUAGACACUAUGGAGUUCAAGACAUCAAGCUAAAUGUCCUGCGAGCUUGUAUCAACUUUUCUGAGGCCCUUCCGGAUUUCGAUGGCGUCCUGAAGUUCUCAGCCGAUCUACUGCGCACCGCAGGAAAGGGUGUCGCACCCGGAUCCCGACGGGAGGAUGCAGCGCCAAUAAUAGCACGAGAAGAGCAAAUUCGACUGACCAAUAAUAUCGCCAAGACGUCUGAGUUAUCCAAGAGGUUGGGCCUGGGACACCUCUCGGCUGAGUUUUGGGACGAGUUCCUCAUACGAGGCAUAUCGCUGGAUCCUCUGCAGCCAACGAGAGCGCCAGUGCCACACGCGAAGAGCGUUCUGCCAGGUGCGAACACUGCACGUGCCUCACAGGAUGUUGAUCCCUUCAUAUACAACCCAUUCCUCAGGACAUCAGACAAGGCCGUGGUUGAGCGCACCCUUGUCACCGGAGAAGCGGCCACUUUCCGCAUCACACUGCAGAACCCAUAUGACAUUGAUGUUGAUAUUGAAAGUAUCAAACUCGACACAGAAGGGUCCGCAUUUGAGUCGUCCGUGGAGUCCACGGUCAUUGGACCUUAUCGGACACAGAUACUGAAGAUUCUUGGGACACCCAGAGAGGCUGGUGCCUUCAAAAUCACAGGCGCUAUUGUGCGGGUUCGGGGAUGCCGCGAAAGGAGGUUCCCCAUCUUCCCUCAGGCGUGGGUGGCCGAUACGGAGAUCAAGAUCAAAGGCAUAGGGCUGUCAUCGAUUGAAAAGACCUACAGCGCCUAUGAGGGAAAACAUUUGGCCCGGCCCGGCCCAGAUCUGAAGACCGAAACCAUGAGCUUGAGUGCGAUAUCUGCUCAGCCUAUUAUUGCUGUAAAGUCGACGACGCUGCCACAGUCGGCCAUAAUGAUUCUUGAAGGCGAACGACAGGUGUUCUCCGUCACUCUGCAAAACCUGUCGAAUGAGACACCGGCAGACCUGCUGCUAUUUUCCUUCCAAGAUUCGACACAAGCUCCUCUCCAGACAGCUUUGACGAAUCGAGAUGCGACUCCGGGUGAGCUUUACGAGUAUGAGCUUGUCCUCGCGAAGAGGCGAGCUUUGCGUCUGCGUAAAAUCGACGACUCCGAGAGAUACAUAGCGCCAGGCGGCACGAAGACCUUUGAAUUUGAGAUCCUGGGCAAGCCAGGACUCACCAAUGGGACCAUCCAGAUCGAUUACGCCUACCUGGGUGUACCUCCCGACGAGGUCAAGGACAAGUUUCACACUCGUCAAGUCUGCUUAGAUGUGAUGGUAACAGUCAAUGCCAGCGUGGAGCUUGCGAGGAUGGAUAUAUUGCCUAUUCAAGGAAACGUCCCGCGAGCUCUAUGGAAACGUCUGGGUGUCAACGACACGGGAGAGGAUUCGGCGGAACUCGACAAAUAUUGCCUUUUGCUCGUUGACCUGCGGAACGCCUGGCCAAGUCACAUGCAAGUCUGUCUCGAAGCCGAAAAGGGCUUCACGAUCGAAGAACACAUCCUCCCUGGCAACACGAACCGUGUGGUGUUCCCCAUCCCACGUGUAUACCUCGAGGACCCGCAUGCAGCGAUACCGGCACUCAACCCGUCUCGCAAACGUCAGUUUGUCGUGAGCACGAGCAAGAUCACGCCCGAGACGGAGCGGGCCAACCGCGAAGCCUUUUGGUUCCGCGAGCGUAUCCUUGACACCCUACGGGCUACAUGGAAGACAGUGUCCGGACCUGCGAGGGAAGGCAACGUCGAGCUACGUAGUAUUCGGUUGACGCCUCGCAUGAUCGAGGCUGUCAAGAUCGACGAGGUCGGCAUCGAACUGGCUGUGGUGUCGAGCUUGAAUGAUGGCUCCCAAGGGGAGGACAACAUUGUCUUCGUGGACGAGUUUGCCCAGAUCAAGGCCACUGUGACAAAUCGCACGUCGCAACCGAUUUACCCGACUCUGCGCCUCAUGCCCGCACUGUGUCACCGGCCGCUCAGUGUGGCGUUGGACUCAACGCGCAGGCUGGCGUGGAACGGCACCUUGCAGCAAUGUCUGCCCAUGCUUGAUCCCAAGGCAUCCGCCGAGGUGCUCAUCGGCGUGACUGCCCUAUGUAGGGGUGAGUUCGAGUUCAUGGCCAGCGUGGAAGAAACGCGGCUGUUUACACCACCCGACGAAACCCCCAAGGAAUCUGGGGGGAGGAAGGGCGCCCGGCCACGGUCAGAUACCCAGACGAUGAUGGACGCGGUGCUCGGGCCCCGGGAGAGGCGGAUCUGGCACUCGAGGCACAGGUGCCUUGUCAGCGUCAAGGACGACGAGGACGAUGAUGACGAAGAUUAG